CCUAUGUUGAUUUGAUAUCAUUCAUAGGGGGUUAAACCUAAAACAUUUUAACCGUUGUACAAUUGUAAUUUUAACCACUAGAUGGAGACGCAGCGUCAUUGUUUAUGCGACCCAGUUAAACGUAAACCAGUUGCUUGGCAUUAAUGUAACUUGUAAUUUUCAUUCGUCGUGCUUCGUGACUGUUCGGAGGUUCGGCUUGUUUUUGUAAGAAUCCGGAAGAGAUCAGGGUCACGUUUCCUUUGCUGUCUGGACUAUUAGUACUGGCCAACUGAGAACUGAAAGUGCCGGGCUUAAGCAGGAUACACGGGCAGAGGACAGGUCAUCAGGCGGUCUCCCUAUGUCAGGCCGAAAUGGGUCUGCGAGCGAUGCAGACUGUCGGAUCUCGGAGGACUGCCGGUCCCCGGAUGUAGAGCUGAUGGAGUUGGGACCCCUGCUGGAGGAGGCGGGCCGGCAGGCAGCGGGGAAAGGCAUGAUGUUGGAGGGGGCCUCAGUUCUGCCUGAUGAUGAUGAUGAUGACGACGAAGAGGUGGAAGAGGUCCUGACGCUGCCCCUCCAGGCUCACCACGCCAUGGAGAAGAUGGAGGAGUUUGUGCACAAAGUGUGGAAGGGUAGCUGGAGGGUAAUCCCUUUUCACGUCCUGCCGGAGUGGCUGAAGGACAACGACUACCUCCUGCAUGGACACCGGCCCCCAAUGCCCUCCUUCCGCGCCUGCUUUGGAAGUAUCUUCAGGAUCCAUACAGAAACAGGCAACAUCUGGACCCACCUUCUGGGGCUGAUCCUGUUUAUUUGUCUGGGCACGUACACCAUUCUGCGGCCCAACAUGUACUUCAUGGCACCUCUGCAGGAGAAGGUGGUGUUUGGGAUGUUCUUUCUGGGCGCGGUGCUCUGCCUCAGCUUCUCCUGGCUCUUUCAUACCGUCUACUGCCACUCUGAGAAAGUGUCUCGCACCUUCUCCAAGCUUGACUACUCAGGUAUCGCCCUGCUGAUCAUGGGUUCCUUCGUGCCCUGGCUCUACUACUCGUUCUACUGUUCCCCGCAGCCGCGCCUCAUCUACCUCACCAUCGUCUGUGUGCUGGGCAUCGCCGCCAUCGUAGUGGCCCAGUGGGAACGCUUCUCUACGCCCGCUCACCGGCCCACCCGAGCAGGAGUGUUCAUGGGCCUGGGACUGAGCGGCAUCGUCCCCACAGUGCACUUCACCAUCGAGGAGGGCUUCGUCAAGGCCACCACUGUGGGACAGAUGGGCUGGUUCUACCUGAUGGGUGCCAUGUACAUCACUGGCGCCGGACUGUACGCCGCCAGGAUCCCUGAACGCUACUUCCCCGGCAAAUGUGACAUCUGGUUCCACUCCCACCAGAUCUUCCAUGUUCUGGUGGUUGCGGCAGCCUUCAUCCACUUCUACGGCGUCACCAACCUGCAGGAGUUCCGCUACGGCCUGGAGGGAGGCUGCACUGACGACACCCUUCUCUGAGAGCAGCCCAGCUUUGGCCCCCCUCAGCCAUUUCCUGGUCGAUGCCCCUCCCUUCCCCGCCUCCCUACCCUAUAAAGUGCUGCUGGAACAUGCCAUGGUCCCCCGUAGCUCCUUCUCUCCACUCUUCUUCUCCUCCCCUGAUUUGCUCAUGUCAUACUUGGUUUUCUGGUGGUGGUACCAUGCUUGGGCUCCUUUCUCCCCAUUUAAAGUAUCUUUAGCCAGUGAACUAAAUGGAGGGGCAUCCCGCCGAUGCGGCACCACUUUUUUAAAAUCAAGAUGAAGCUCUAGGCUUGACUUUAGCUCAUUAUGAACAACAGGGGGUUUUGACCAGAUUGAUUACGUUUCCUUGAAGGAAGGGAACCUCAGUCAUAGAGAUAUCGUAAUGGCGUCUUUCUUGGCCUACUUAGCUGCCUACAUCAAGUUGUAGGAGGCUUGUGUGAUAGAAUGGGUCCGGGUUGGGGUCAAUACAGUCCAUAUUUAUUCUGUCAAUACAAGGAAUUCAUUGAAAUUCAAUUCAUGAAUUGAACAUUGAAAAGUCCUGAUUUAUAACAAUGGGCAAUUCCAACAAUUCAUUAUGGGCAUUUGAUUCUGUUGAUUUAAACAUUUUAAAAAGCAGUCAACCCCAACCCAGGUAUGGUUUAUAGAACUGGAAGGCAAACAAUUUAAAUCACUUUCUUACAAGACAUGGUGCUGGGUACCCUUACCCCUCAUGUCCCUUUACAAUUGAACACAAUCUUGUAUGAUUGAUAGCUGGUAUGAAACUAACCUUGCAACGCACAAUGGGCAAAUCUGGGAAUAGGUUAACUCUUUCUCUUCUCAUCUUGAGUUUCUUUUCUUUUUAAGGCUAUAUUUCAGAACUCUUAAGGUCAAAUUAUUGCACCUUAAAAGUAUGUUAUUACCGUUUAAACUUUGUCAUUGCAUAGGGUCCACCAUGUAGUGUGUAUGAAUAAUCAUUUAGUAUUCCUGUACCUUACAUGCAAACCUCACCGGCCACGUUGCGUGCCGCGAGCGUUGCAAAAUAAAUGUAAAUACAUGUUAUUCACAUCGCUCGCGUGAAUGAGCGUCUGCGUAGCCAAGCGCCAAAAUAGAACUUGGUUCUAUUGAGAAGCGCCAGAUGCUGCAAGUCCCCUCCUUAUUGGAUAUCAGGAAGAUAAAAAGGGAAACCUACCUAGUUUCUAGAUCUGUGGAUUAAUCAUCGGGAGUAGAGAAACGCACAACUGCGUGUGUCGUGAUCGCAUCAAAUGUGGAUGGAGAGAAUGAACAUACGCACAUGGCCGGUGUAGUCCGCGUGUUAGGCCAAUGGAAAUAGUUUUUCAAUAGAUGGGCCAAUAUUGCAGUCAAGUGAACUUCAUUAGGAUCUCCAGAUAUGAUAGGAACCUCUAUUUUUUCCCCCCCCUUAUAUCAAAUCACUAUUAAACUUUUGACCUCCAGUAGUUCUCAAACUGCUAUUUAUUAAGACCUUUCUUUUUUUUUAGCUGACUUUGUGGCUUUAUUACAAAGACUAAGCAAUCUAUGUAUUCUUGACUUUGUGUUGUAUCCUGUGUAGACAAGUUGAUGGAUCAUACAUUUCCCUGAAAUGUAAACACAUAAUAAAUAUUUAUUAAUGGGAA